AUGCUCAUGCAUCCACCCAUGACAUCGGUUACAUCCAUGCAGGAGUCAGCAGUGAAGCCAUCCGCUCCCAAGAACAGAGCUAGCCCUAAUUUGCUUGAGCGACUUGAUCUUCCGCCGACAAUCGCCCGUCGAUCGUAUCCAGUAACUGCCGACGCGGCUGGCGACGCAGGUCUUGCUAAGUUAUCCAAAUCUCUCCCAUGA